AUGGCAUCUGUAUCCAAGCCCCCUCCCGGCCAAUUCACCGUCCUCUACUUUGCCGCGGCGACGUCGCAUACGAAGUCUCAGCAUGACUUCCUGCCCGCUCCAAUGCCCGUGGCCCAGCUCUGGGAUGCUUUGGAUACGAAAUACCCUGGCUUCAAAACAAAAGUGCUCGAGUCGGCAGCGCUGACUGUAAAUCUCGACUACGUGGAUCUUGACGAGGAGGCGGGCAAAGGCGAGGGCGCGAUGGUGAUACAGGCUGGAGACGAGGUUGGCGUCAUACCACCAGUCAGCUCUGGCACGCGCAUCACAGCCGGCGAAGUGCGUGGAUCACAAGCGUUCUACGAUGCCGAGGAUCCGUCCAAAUCUCGUGUCAAUGAAGGAAACAGGCUCGUGGUCCGCCGAGAUACGAUCAAACGAACGUAA